CCAUCAUUGUUAAAAAUGGAGAGGAAUCUUACUUAUAUUCUACUACUAACGCUUAUUGUAAUAGUAAAUGGCGACUACUACGGCAGUGAGAAUGUCCCAAACAGCCUAUUUAAUGAACCAAAGGUGGAAGGCCAAGAUAUGGUCACUUGGUGCACCACAUCAGUCUUGGAGCAAGCCAAAUGUGAGAAGCUCAUGAAGACUGUUCUCUUGGAUAAAGGAUUGUUUGAGAAGGAUUAUAUUGAAUUGCAGUGUCAGAGGGCAUUUGACACCGAAGAGUGCAUGAACUGGCUGGACCAAGGUCAGGCAUCUCUACUGGGCCUAGACGCUGGAGAAGUGUAUGUCGCAGGAAGGUUCCACUCACUCGUGCCUAUUUUGCAAGAGCUCUACAAUAGUGGGGAACCCUAUCAAUAUGCAAUAGCAGUCAUCAACAAGGGUAGUCUACCUCAUGUGCAACCUGGCUAUAAAGCUCUUCAUGGUCUUAGAGGAGUGAAGGCCUGUUUCCCCAGUGUCGGAUCAUUGGCUGGUUGGGUCAUGCCUAUUCAUGUGUUAAUGCAAGAAGGCGGUCUCCAGAUAACAGAUUGUAACAAUCACGUAAAAUCAGCAAUUGCUUUCUUCGGCGACUCCUGCGCACCAAACUCACUAAAGGACAUGUACAACCCUAUUGGUGAUAAUUCUGACCAGUUAUGCCGACUCUGCGUUGGUGGUGCGGGUGUGCGUUGCACCUUACAAGACCCUCAUGCAGGAUAUGUUGGUGCUCUCAAGUGCCUAAUCGCUAAUGGAACAGGAGAAAUUGCCUUCGUCAGAGACACAACUGUACAACACGCUUUGUUAUCACACAAGAUACUAGCCGGGGCGACUGACGACCGCUUCGAGCUGCUGUGCCGCGACGGAUCGCGGGCGCCGCUCACGCAGUGGGAGGCGUGCAACUGGGGCCGCGUGCCGGCCGACGCCGUCGUCACCAGCAGCGCCGCCUCACAGGCGCAGCGAAAGAAAUACCAAAAGUUCUUUGAAAAACUUUUGCAACUCUAUGGUGAACCGAAUUCCCUUAACAAGAACUUGAACAACACCAACGGUUUCCAAUCCAAUCGGAGCCCUUACAAUCCAUUUACAUCUACAACUGAACCACAAAGGUAUUACGACCCUUACCGGAGAGUGAAUCAGGAUAGUCAGCAGAGUGAAACAGAGGAUGAAAGUAGAAUUAAUAAAAUGCCGCCAUACCAGGUUCGCACGGACGCCUCAGGCCGCCGUAUUGAGUUGCCGUUUCAAAUGUUCGAAUCUAACGGCACUACAGAUCUGUUGUUGCAAGAUGCAACAGUAAACUUCAGAGUGUUAAAAGAAGAAGAGCAAGCUGCAAAACACAUACUCAACAAUCAAUUCGUAGGCGACCAAGCGGAGCGAGCGGUUUUGGAAAUCAGAGACUGUCCUGUGAAACGUGCAGUGCUCUGCGUGACUAGCGAUCCCGAGAUGGACAAGUGUGUCAAAAUGAGGGUAUGUCUACUUUUAAAUAACUUCAGUGUAGUGGCCAAGCUGAGCGAGCUUAAAUUUUCUAUUGAUGAGAGGCCGUACGGCUGCGACGGCGCGCACGCAGCGGCGGAGUAUUUCAGCAAGUCGUGCACGCCCGGAGCUCUCAGCAGCGAAUACGUAGACUCGGGCACUGUGCCACACGACAACCUAUGUCACCUCUGUCACGGUGCUUCCUUCAGACGUUGUCGCCGCGACGCAAGCGAACCGUACUACGGCCACGUAGGCGCAGUCCGUUGCAUGGUAGAGGGAGGCGGCGACGUGGCCUUCGUACGACAUACGGCACCAGCCGAGGUGUCCGGCGGAAGACGGCGCGAGUGGUGGGCAAGAGAUUUAUUGCCUGAUGAUUUGCAGCUCUUGUGUCCUGAUGGAACACGGGCGAAAAUGCACGAAUUCAAGCACUGUAACCUGGGCAAGGUACCGGGAUCAGUUCUAAUGGGAAGACCGAAUCAUACUGAGCUUGACACCUUCUCUAAUCUCAUGGUGUACGCUCAGCAGUUUUAUGGCGCUAUUACCUCGGAUGAAUUUAGCUUCAGCAUGUUCUACUCGCAGUCUCCGUACUCAGACCUCAUAUUCAGCGACGCAGCUGUCCGUCUUAACCCUCUAAAACACAACCAACGUUCAGCAGAGAUCAUCGCUGGUAACGCUCUUCCCCGUGCUGCCAGAAUCGUGUCCUGUGAUGCCCCACAAUCGUUGUACUACAUUGCAUCGGACCCAGAUUUUUUGUCACACGCUUAUAAAGUUAGUGUAGUUGGACAUAUUAUUGUAAUUGCCCUGUUUUUAGUUGUUUUAUUACGAUAAGUUAAUGUCCUCAGUGAUUUUGUCCAAGGGUUAUUUUAAUUACCCCAAAAGUGCUUAACACAAUAUUCAAAAAAAUUUUGAUAAUAAUAUUUUUAAUUUCCAUACAAACCUGGAUGCAGAAAAGUUGUUCUAAAAUGUUAUUAUCAAAUAUUAUAUAAUUUAUGAAUAUUAAAAACUUAUUUAAUGAAAAGCAUUCAUCUAAAUCACUCCUUUUUAGCU